CUUUGCUUGUUUGCCAAAAGAUCACUCUCCAUAACACCACUUGCAGUUCCUCUCUGCUCCUCCAAUUCCAGUAAAUACACACUACCUGUUUUUUCUAUCAAUAAUUCAAAAAAAAAAAUCUUCAUAUAUACUCUACCAGUGAGUGAGUUUGUUAUCGUUUCUCAAUUCCAGAAGAAGAAGAAGAUCAUCAGAAUACAGUAAUAUGGAUGGAAUGUAUGGCCUGCACUCGACGGCGGACUACUCAGACAAGGCGUUUAUAUCUCAGGAGAAUCUGAUUUUACCUGCAGAUUAUCAGAGCUUUCUCUCGUCCGAAACUUUCCAAAAUCGGAUUCCGCUUUUCGUGUCUGACGAGUUGCUCUCAGCUGCCUCAGCGAUUUCGGAAGCUGCUUCGAUUGCUCCCGAAAUUCCACGAGAAGAAGAUUUUUCCACUUUGAUCAAAGCCAAAAUCGCGUGUCAUCCUUCUUAUCCUCGCUUGCUUCAAGCUUAUAUUGAUUGCCAGAAGGUAGGUGCGCCACCGGAAAUAGCGUGUUGGUUAGAUGAAAUCCGGCGAGAACAUGAUCUUUGCCAACCAGACGUUGUCUCAAUAUGCUUGGGAGCUGAUCCCGAGCUCGACGAGUUCAUGGAAACCUACUGUGAUGUGUUGGUGAAGUAUAAAUCUGAUCUCGAAAGGCCUUUUGACGAAGCGACAACGUUUUUGAACAAGAUUGAAAUGCAGCUUCGCAAUCUAUGCACUGGUGCCUCCGUUAGAACUCUCUCUGAUGAAGCUGCACCAUCAUCAGAUGAGGAAUUAAGCGGAGGAGAAGUAGAGGUACCUGAAGCUCAACCGAGAAGUGAAGACAGAGAUCUCAAAGAUAGGCUUUUCCGCAGGUUUGGAAGUCAAAUUAGUACGCUAAAGCUGGAAUUCUCAAAGAAGAAAAAGAAAGGAAAAUUACCUAAGGAAGCAAGACAAAGUCUACUCGAGUGGUGGAAUGUUCACUAUAAAUGGCCUUAUCCUACUGAAGCUGAUAAGAUAGCAUUGGCAGAAUCAACUGGACUAGAUCAGAAGCAAAUUAAUAAUUGGUUUAUAAAUCAGCGUAAGAGACACUGGAAACCAUCAGAGAGCAUGCAAUUUGCUGUUACGGAUAAUCUAUCAGGACAGUUCUUCACUGAUGACUGAGUUUUGAUGUGCAUUCUUGAUUCUGAUUGUAAUUUAAGUACUGUUGGGAGCUUCACGUCUAUUCUGCAAUGCAAAACAUUCAAAUGUUAAUUUCCCUUAAAAAAAAGGGAAGGAGGAAAAGCUUAAUUUAUUGUAAUGUAUAUUCCCACUGACGGACAUUCAUAAUGAAGUGCUUACAUAGUUUGUAUGGAUCACCCUCAACCAUUCAUUUUUGCUGCUGUUCAUCAACAGUGGCCAACUGUAUUUUGCAUCGAAUUGUAUCAGUUGCUCUAAGCCAACUGUUAAUAGUUUGUUUUUUCUUCUU